UGGUGAAAAAUUGUCAAUAUCUUUGGGUAAUUUCAGAUGUCCUGAUUAUUGUAAUUUGGAGCCAUUGCCAUGGAAUGGUGAAAGUGCUGUUCUAGUAUGGAAAAAUAUGUUAUGUGCACUAGGAAAUUUAAAUUAUAUACAGGUUACGUCAAAUCAUGCAGAUGCAAUAAAAUGUCUUGUAGAUAUGUUGGAAAUGCUAGAAUUGAUUCGUAAUAACAAAUAUGGAAAUUUUUCGUUGUCUUUACAUUACGAUUUCGCUCCUUGGUUUUUUCAAGCUUGUGAUUUACCCUU